AAUCCUAUAUCAUUCCUUUCCAGUGCUUAACGUUGUCCUGUAAACACGUGGGUGCGAUUGUAAUUAUCGAAUUUAAGGCGAAAUACUCUGCGAAUCAUAAGAAUGCCGUUGGCUAGAGAUUUUCUCCAUCCAAGCCCCAUCGAGGAGAAAAGGAAACACAAACUGAAGAGGCUUGUACAGAAGCCUAACAGUUAUUUCAUGGACGUCAAAUGCCCGGGCUGCUAUGCUAUCAAAACAAUUUUCUCACAUGCCCAGAGGCCAGUAGAAUGUGACGGAUGCCGUACGAUACUUUGUACACCAACGGGUGGAAAAGCACGGUUAACUGAGGGAUGUUCUUUUAGAAGAAAAGUCCAGUGUUAAUUUUAUCCGAUAUGUAUUCGAUUUCUCUCUUUAUAUUCGAUAAAUAAACACGAUCACAUUA